AUGAAUUACGUGCAGCUCGAGAAGCUAGGCGAGGGUACAUACGCCACUGUAUACAAGCCACAGCUCACCGGUGGCUCACAGGGCCGAUCGAGGACAACAAAUGAGAUUGUCGCGCUCAAGGAGAUCCACCUCGAUGCGGAGGAAGGAACACCAUCCACCGCCAUCCGCGAGAUCUCCCUCAUGAAGGAGCUCAAGCACGUUAAUAUCGUCCGCCUCUAUGAUGUGAUCCACACCGAGACCAAGCUCGUUCUUAUCUUUGAGUACUGUGAGCGCGAUUUGAAGAAGUACAUGGAUGUCCAUGGCGAUCGUGGCGCGCUCGAUCCUGUCACCGUACGGAGUUUCAUGUACCAGCUCCUCAAGGGCACCUCGUUCUGCCACGAGAACAGGGUCUUGCAUCGGGACCUCAAGCCACAAAAUCUGCUUAUCAACAGGAAAGGCGAGUUGAAGUUGGGUGAUUUCGGUCUCGCACGAGCGUUUGGAGUUCCCGUCAACACUUUCUCGAACGAGGUCGUUACGCUCUGGUACCGAGCGCCAGACGUUCUUAUGGGUUCAAGGACGUACAACACAUCUAUCGACGUCUGGUCUUGCGGGUGCAUCUUUGCCGAGAUGAUUUCUGGUGUGCCCCUCUUCCGCGGGCGCGACAACCAAGACCAAUUGUUGCACAUCAUGCGUAUCAUUGGAACUCCCGAUGACCGUGUACUUCGCAAGAUUGCCACUGAGGGGCAAACGGAGGGUCAGGCGCAGAAGCAGUACCCCCGCUAUCCCAAAAUCCCAUUCUCACAAGUCCUUCCUAAAGCGUCGCCACAGGCUCUCGACCUCCUCGAGCGACUCCUUCAGUUCGACCCCGCGAAGCGCAUAUCAGCCGCUGAAGCACUACAACAUCCCUACUUCAGUACCUCUCAGCCUAUGUACACCCAACCGACCCCCUUCACUCCCGCCGUCAUUGCGCCUCAGUAUCAAUACCCGCAGGGACAGGGACAGGGUCAGGGCCAAGGUCAAUACCAAUACAAUAGCCAGCAUGAAGCGGCUCGCAACGCUGCUGCGCAGGCCCAGUUGGCCCUCGCACAACCGCAGAUUCCCGGCGCCGGUUACGGCAUGCAAUAUCCUCAGCAACAGUACCAGACGGGCACACGGUAG